CUCCCCCCUCAUCCCCACGUCACCGGGAGACCAGACGGGGACAACAUGGCGGAGCGGAGGAGGCACAGGAAGCGGGUCCAGGAGGUGGGAGAGCCAUUCAAAGAAGAAAAGGCUGUCGCUAAAUACCUGCGGUUCAACUGUCCAACCAAGUCUACCAACAUGAUGGGUCACAGAGUUGAUUAUUUCAUUGCGUCGAAAGCUGUGGACUGCCUUUUGGAUUCUAAGUGGGCCAAAGCAAAGAAAGGAGAAGAAGCUCUCUUUACAACUCGAGAAUCUGUGGUUGAUUAUUGCAACAGGCUUCUGAAGAAACAGUUUUUUCAUCGAGCACUAAAAGUAAUGAAAAUGAAACCAGACAAGGACUUAAAGAAAGAAAAGGAAAAAGAGAAAGGAAAGACUGAGAGUGGAAAGGAAGAUGAGAAAAAGAGCAAAAAGGAAAGUGGGAAAGAUGAGAAGGCUAAGAAGGAAAAAGAAAAGGAAAAGAAAAAGGAUGGUGAGAAAGAAGAAGGAAAAAAGGAUGAGACCCCGGGCACACCUAAAAAGAAGGAGACAAAGCGGAAGUUCAAACUUGAACCUCAUGAAGAUCAGGUUUUUCUGGAUGGAAAUGAGGUAUAUGUGUGGAUUUAUGAUCCUGUUCAUUUUAAAACAUUUGCCAUGGGACUCAUACUUGUGACAGCUGUUAUAGCUGCAACUCUGUUCCCGCUCUGGCCUGCAGAGAUGCGAGUAGGGGUUUAUUAUUUGAGUGUCGGAGCAGGUUGUUUUGUGGCCAGCAUUCUCCUCUUGGCUGUUGCCCGCUGCAUCCUGUUCCUUCUCAUCUGGCUGAUGACAGGCGGAAGGCAUCACUUCUGGUUCCUGCCAAACCUGACAGCUGACGUGGGCUUCAUCGAUUCCUUCCGACCGCUGUAUACUCAUGAGUACAAAGGACCAAAGGCCGACUCAAAGAAAGAGGAGAAGUCGGAAUCCAAAAAGCAGCCCAAAUCUGACAGCGAAGAGAAAUCUGAUAGCGAGAAAAAGGAAGACGAGGACGGCAAAGGCGAACAGCUGGGAAACUUGGGAUCUGAAGGCUCUGGAGGAGAACGGAAUUCAGACACGGACAGCGACCGGCGAGAGGAUGACCGCUCUCAGCACAGUAGCGGCAAUGGAAACGAUUUCGAAAUGAUAACUAAAGAGGAACUCGAUCAGCAGACAGAUGAAGGGGAUUGUGAAGAAGACGAGGAAGAGGAAGAGGACGAGGAAGAUACUAGGCCUUUACAUGAACAAUCGUAAUUAGCUAUAGUUUGGGACUGAAUAUUGUGCAGGCAGUUGGAUUUUCUAUGUUGGCUGGAACACCAUCUUAACAGCGUUUUCUUCUUCUUAUUUACUGAAAUAUACAGUUUAGCCAGACAGCUUUAUAACAUCGUUCCUAAUUUGUUGUUACAAAGAGGAGAAAUGAAACAAAAUACUUAGCCAGAUAAGUUCUAAGUAAUCUAAUGUACACUUACGAAAGCUAUGUGUUUCACAUCUUGUCAAUCAGUAGAUGUUUUGAUCUGUCUAGAGAAUGUCUUCAAGCAUAACUGAAGAACAUAGUUUUGCUUAACAAUAUUUUUGGGAGAUUGCAUGUUUGCAGUAAGUGAACACUUCCAGAAUAGCAAUUUAAAAUGGUAAUUGUUGAAUGACCCUAAGUCUCAAGUUUAGUCCAGGUAGGUUAAUUUGAUUGCUGCUUACGACAAAGUACUCUUCAGUUUAUCAUAUUGAUACUGUUAUUAAUCUUUAUAAAACCGUAAGACUUUUUCUUAGAACGUUUUGUUUGAGAAGAAAACCUUUUUUCUUGAGAUAUGCAAAAUAGUGCUAACUUGGCUGUAGGGUUAUUAUAAGCUUCUUUUUUCUAAAACUGUGUCCAACCAGCUUAGGAAAUCCAGCCUGUUCUGUCCGCCUGGUUCAGGGCAACGGAGUCAUCUCUAGCAGGUUUAAAACGAGAAAAAGAAAACAGCGUAAUUUGGAAGUUACAGCUGCCGUUUUGACCUGCCCCACUAUAAUACAAAAAAAAAGUGUAUUCUGUACAUAACAUACAAAUAAAGUAAACCCCUUAUUUUA